AUGCAGCAGCUGUCACCACUUGCUUCUUCAUCCCCGGAGAUUCUGCUCCGGAUCACGAUGCAUGCCGUGGACGAGCUCGGGCCGCCGCAGGAAUGGCUCAACCUCGUCCUGUGCUGCUCCGCGCUGCAGCGGCAGCUGGACAACUCCACCGUCCACGCGCUCGUCUUUGCACGCAAAUUCUACCGGCUGCGGCCCGCGCACCCGCUCGCGGGCGACGCGAAGGGCGAGCUGCGGCGGCGCUUCGGCGCGCUCAAGGUGUUCCGCCGCGCGUGCGUCGACGGCGACGGCGACGGCGACGGCGAGCUGCGGGACGCGCUGCGCAUCGCGCACGGGAUGCUGGGCGACGAGGCACCCGGAGCGCGGGCGCGGACGGUGGCGCAGCUGCGGUGGGCGGGGCUCCCGCGGCUGCUUGUGCGCUUCCUCGAGGAGCGCUGGUACCCGCUGGAAGACGACAUCCCAACGCCGGCGGAAUCGGCGCCGUUCCCCGGCCUCCAGAUCUACUCCAUCCUGUGCUACUUCGCGCGCCUGGACUUCUUCACGCCCACGCUCCCGCCGCACCUGCGCAAGCUGGCCCCCGCUCCGGCCCCCGCGACGCACGCCGCCGGGCGCGCGGACGCGGAGCACUUCAUCAGCGAGUGCCGCGCGCGGCGGUGCGACGCCCGUGCGCGCGUCCCGGCGCCGGGCGACCGGGGCUACCGCGUUGGGUCGCUCGCGGGCCAAUGGCAGGGCUCGUCCCUGAUCCCGUGCAUCGAUGAGUACAAGCGCUGGGUCAGCGAUGCGGGGGAGAACGCGCCCGGGGCGAUGACGACGUUCAGCCGGGUGCCGCUGUAUGUUACGCUGCGGGAGCACUUCUCGACGGCCGUGGUGGACCGGGGCGAGGGUGCGGCUGGGCUGUUCAGUUCGUGGAAGGAGACGGAACAUGGAAUCGUCACCUCCGAUGCGAGUGGGAAGCAGUUCUUCUACAAGACAUACCACGACGCGAAGGAGCAGCCCAGCAGCAGCAGCAUUACGGACGUCGUCACGGACGACCCGUACGCCUCUGCGUGGGGCAGCUUCAAGUUCCUCGGGCGCAUCAGGCUGGCUGACGGGCUGGUCACGCUCCAGCGCGAGUCGCUGGACGGGCACGGGACGACGCUGUUCAAGGGAUACCUCGUGUCGGGGGAUCACUUCGCCGGCCGGUACCGCGAGUUCGACGGGGCGGCAGCAGCAGCAGCAGGAGUAACGGAGGAGAGUCGCGUGGCGGAGUGGGAGGCGGCGUUCAGUUUGAGUCGCGUGAUCAGUUGAACUGUUUGUAUGCAUGUUUGCCAUGUGAUUCUGUAUCAGUAUAAGCUGUAUGCAAUAUCAUCUGUGUUCG